AUGGCAGACACAGAAAACACAUCCUCCAACGUCGCAGGCAGCGUCUCGAACAGCGCCUCGUCCGCAUACGAGAGCGUCACGAGCUCAGCCCAAGGCCUACUACCCAAAGCCUCUUCGCUCAUCGCGGAAGCAACCGGACUCGCUGCGCUCCAGGAAUCGUACUCAGACACGCCAUCCCAACCUCAACCAGCCGAAUCAUCGUCCUCGGAACCCACACAGCAAGACGCCUCAUCCGACGACGCCCCCUCAAAAGAGACGCAUGAUGUCAUGGCGCGAGACGACUACACAGAGGAAAAUGAGCGCGGACCCUCCAAGUCUGAGCGCCCAGACCAAGCCCAGGACAAGAUCGGUACCGAGAAGGGUAUCCCCACCACCGGCGGAGCAGGAACAACUUUGUCUCCGGAUGAGGACGUGCAGGCGGCAGUAAAGAAGAACGGCGGAUCUAAGGCGGCAGUCGGCGUCGACUACUCGGAUCAGCCCUGCCCUACCGAGGAUGCUCGUCGAGAUGAACCCACCAGCAAACCUGCCGAGGGCAAGACGCAGUUCGAUGAUCAGGAGGAGAAGGCCAAUGGGUCGAGUGAGAACAGCACCGGAAGCAGCGCACAAAAGUCGGAUUCGACUGCUGCAACCUCGACAGAUGAAGGUGAUGGAGCAAGCGAAGAUGCGGGGUCUAAAGUCGGCUUCAAAGACAAGCUCAAAGGGUCUGCAAAGGUGUUCGCUGGUAAGGUGACGAGGAACGAGGACAAGGUGGAAGCGGGCAAGAUGCUCAAAGCUGGAGGAGGUGCAGCAGGAAGCUCGUAG